UUGCAAAGGCGAUUUAUUCGUGUCGCAGCGAGAGCGGAUAAAAUGCGAAGAAUAUUGCGGGUUUGUGCGUUUGUAAUAAUCGAUGUACUGUUUGCUGAACUCUGCACGUGCAUGCCGACGCCGCAGUUUUACAGCGGGAGUCCGGUGGUGGAGCUCCCUGGCGCUGCCAUCGCCGGGCGAGCCAGCCCGCGGGCCAGCGGGGGAGCGGGGAUGGUGUACGUGCUGGUUGGUUUGGUCAGCCUCCCUCUGCUGGUCACCGUGCUGUGGCUGCUGCGCCAGUUGUGGCGCAUGCUGGCCUCCUGCGCCGGCCGGGGCUGUCCCGCCACAGCGCGCUGCGCCAGUCGGCCCGACCACGGCCUGGAGGAGGUCGUGAUCAUACCCGCCGACCACCAGUUGCACUGCUCAGUUCCUCAGGGCGUGCCGUCUGCUAGCAGUGCCCUGCUGCGUGAUGGGCCACUAGCAUCUUUCCAACAACAACACCAGUUUUCACCUGUUUCUCUGAUGGAAGAGUUGUUGCUUUCGUCGACUUGUGAACAGAUGCAGAGUGCAUCAACACCUGGUGACACACAACUGGUGAUCUGCCACCAGUCUCCUAGCCGUCACACAGAAGAGACGGAAGUAGAGGCCACAUGCGACCAGGAUCAAGCGGUGCUUUCUUCUCCGAUGCAGGAUUCAGAAGCGUUUUCUAUCCCUGAUGCCUUCGCUCCUGCCGAUGCCAACAGUGACAACACACAGUAUACCCAGGAGUUACAGAAAAUAAGCUUUAAGAAAUCAACCUUUUCAGCAGUUAUGACAGCGAGCCUCUCUGGCCUAAGGUUACUGCAAAGGACGUGGUGCGUUUUUGCUUCUAUUACGCCCUAUUGGCUCCAAGACAUCACUCAACGCCGAAACAUCCCGCUUACCUAUCUGAGAGAAGUGAGGGAGGUGUUUUAAGCUUACCCUCCCGAACACCGACAAGAAUCGCCAUUUUCUCAAAGGGAAGAGGUCUUUGAUAUUUAUUCUCCUGAACAACUGGUAGUCGACACAUCGUUUUCGAGGAAAGAUAUAUGUGAGACCAAUCUCCCCGAGCAGCUGCGUGAGUCACCAUCAUCGCCAAGGGAAGAGGGCUUUGAAAAUUAUCCUACUGAGCAGCUGCAAGAUUCACCAUCAUCUUUGAGGGAAGAGGUCUACGAUACUUAUCCUCUUGAACAGCUGCAAGCAUCAAUUUCAUCUUCAAGGGAAAGGGCUGUUGAUGCUUAUCCUUCCGAGCAGCUGCAAGACUCAACAUUAUCUUUGAGGGAAGAUGUCUAUGAGACAUAUCCUCCCGAGCGGCAUGAAGCACCAUUAUCUCCAUCGGAAGAGACUUUUGAUGCUUAUCCUCCCGAGGUGCUGCCAGAUUCGCGAUCACCUUUGUGGGAAGAGGUCUACGAGACUAAUCCUUUUGAACAGCUGCAAGCCUCAACAUCAUCUUCAAGGGAAGGGGCCUUUGAUGCUUAUCCUCCCGAGCAGCUGCAAGAGUUUCAAUUCCCUUUGAAGGAAGAGGUCUAUGAAACAUAUCCUCCAGAGCAGCUGAAUGAGUCACCAUCAUCUCUGCAGGAAGAAGCCUUUGAAAAGUAUCCUUCUGAAUACCUACAUGUAUCGACAUUGUCUGUGAAGAAAGAGGUCUUUGAGACGUAUUCUAUUGAACCGCUGCAAUCAUCAACAUCAUUUCCGAGGGAAGAUCUGAAUGAGACUCAUUCUUCCGAAAAGCUACAAGUGGUAUCACCUCACAUGAGAAACAAGAGUACUGGUACCUUUACCUACUAUAAGCUACAACUACCACCGUUUCCUCCACAACAAGUUCCUUUGAAAGAAGAUCUGUAUGAAACGUUUCCUCCUUUGAAAGCAUUGUCUGCGAAGAAAGAGGUCAUUGAGACUUAUUCUAUUGAACCGCUGCAAUCAUCAACAUCAUUUCCGGGGGAAGAUCUGAAUGAGACUCAUUCUUCCGAAAAGCUACAAGUGGUAUCACCACACAUGAGAAACAAGAGUACUGGUCCCCUUACCUACUAUAAGCUACUACUACCACCGUUUCCUCCACAACAAGUUCCUUUGAAAGAAGAGCUGUAUGAAACGUUUCCUCCUUCAGAAUAAAAAGUCAUUUUUGCGAUAAACCA